CGCCAGCGGUGUCCGCGCCUCCACGCCCGCCCCUGAUUUCCUCCGCACCGCGGCGGCGGCGGCGGCGGCGGCGGUGGCGGCGCCUCGUGCGCGCGGUUAUUUAUUUCCGGGCCCCAGAGCGCUUAUAAUGGAGCCGCUGUCAGCAGAACCUUCUGCUGCCGCUGCCGCCGCCGCCGCUGCCGUCCCUCCUCUUUUUUUUCCUGGCAGAUCUUUGUUGUGUGGGAGGGCAGCAGGGAUGGACUUGAGCUUGCGGAUCUCCUGCUAGAGCAGCCGCGCUUGGAGAGGGCGCCGCAGCUACAAAGAGGAGCCGCCGCCGCCGCACCGAGGCCCCACCGACCCGGCCUCCGUCCGCCCGCGCCCCCGCCCGGCCUUUUCGGCCCGCGCCUCCCGGCAGAGUCCCCUUGCGGCGGCAGAUGUGUGUGGGGUCAGCCCACGGCGGGGACUAUGGUGAAAUUCCCGGCGCUCACGCACUACUGGCCCCUGAUCCGGUUCCUGGUGCCCCUGGGCAUCACCAACAUAGCCAUCGACUUCGGGGAGCAGGCCUUGAACCGGGGCAUCGCUGCUGUCAAGGAAGAUGCAGUGGAGAUGCUGGCCAGCUACGGGCUGGCGUACUCCCUCAUGAAGUUCUUCACGGGGCCCAUGAGUGACUUCAAGAAUGUGGGCCUGGUGUUUGUGAACAGCAAGCGGGACAGGACCAAAGCUGUCCUGUGCAUGGUGGUGGCCGGCGCCGUUGCCGCUGUCUUCCACACCCUAAUAGCAUAUAGUGACCUAGGCUACUACAUCAUCAAUAAGUUGCACCAUGUGGAUGAGUCAGUGGGGAAUAAAACGAGAAGGGCCUUCCUGUAUCUUGCUGCCUUCCCGUUUAUGGAUGCCAUGGCCUGGACGCAUGCUGGCAUUCUCUUAAAACACAAAUACAGUUUCCUGGUGGGAUGUGCCUCAAUCUCAGACGUCAUAGCUCAGGUCGUUUUCGUUGCCAUUCUGCUGCACAGUCACCUGGAAUGCAGAGAGCCCCUGCUCAUCCCCAUCCUCUCGUUGUACAUGGGCGCCCUGGUGCGUUGCACCACCCUGUGCCUGGGCUACUACAAGAACAUCCACGACAUCAUCCCCGACAGGAGUGGACCCGAGCUGGGGGGAGAUGCAACCAUAAGGAAGAUGCUGAGCUUCUGGUGGCCUCUGGCUCUCAUCUUGGCUACACAGAGAAUCAGCAGGCCUAUUGUCAACCUCUUUGUUUCCCGGGACCUUGGUGGCAGUUCUGCAGCUACAGAGGCCGUGGCCAUUUUGACAGCCACAUACCCCGUGGGUCACAUGCCCUAUGGCUGGUUGACGGAAAUCCGCGCUGUCUACCCCGCUUUUGACAAGAAUAACCCCAGCAAUAAAGCGGUGAGCACAAGCAACACGGUCACGGCAGCCCACAUCAAGAAGUUCACGUUUGUCUGCAUGGCCUUGUCGCUAACGCUCUGUUUUGUGAUGUUCUGGACCCCCAACGUUUCUGAGAAAAUUUUGAUAGACAUCAUUGGUGUGGACUUUGCCUUUGCAGAACUCUGCGUCGUUCCCUUGCGUAUCUUCUCCUUCUUCCCGGUUCCAGUCACCGUGAGGGCCCAUCUCACCGGGUGGCUGAUGACGCUGAAGAAGACCUUCGUCCUGGCCCCCAGCUCCGUGCUUCGGAUCAUCGUCCUCAUCACCAGCCUGGUGGUCCUGCCCUACCUGGGGGUACACGGAGCAACCCUAGGCGUGGGCUCCCUCCUCGCAGGGUUUGUGGGAGAAUCCACCAUGGUCGCCAUAGCAGCAUGCUACGUCUACCGGAAACAGAAAAAGAAGAUGGAGAAUGAGUCUGCCGUGGAGGGGGAGGAUUCGGCGAUGACAGACAUACCUCCAGCAGAGGAGGGGACGGAUGUCGUGGAAAUGAGGGAGGAGACUGAGUGAGGCGCCGACGCCCGGGCACCGCAGGGACAGCUGACACUUCUGCUCUCCCUCUUGUGUCGUUCCGGUUUGGGGUUUGCUUUUUGAUUGGGUCACAACAGAGGCCUUGGUUUAAAGGUUUCGCGGACACUCGGGCAUACCGGGGAUGCUCACACCGACGUGGGGACCUGCAGGGUGGUCUCGCCAUGGCUUGGUGGAAACAAACAGAACAGUCGACUUCAUGCCCCCGCUUCGUGAAAACCCCAAAGACGUAGCUGCCUCGUAGUCCUCGUUGCCUCUCCCUCCCCCUGGACAAUCUCCUUUUGGAACCAAAGGACUGCGGCUGUGCCGUCCAUCGCCCCUCAGCCACCACCGCCCAGCAGGCCACAGACUCACCCUGUCCCCUUGCAUCUCCCUUAGAAUCAGCAGGUGACAACUUUCUUUGAUUGGCUUCCCAGUAACAUGACUGUGCAGAGACGUGGCCCAGCAGCUUCCCACCAUGGAGUCAUUAACUGUCUGCCACCCGCGUGCAGAGGGCAGCGCCAGGCUGCGGCCCGGAGUGGCCGUUCACGACGAGGAAGAGAUUUGUGAAUGCACUCCUCGGAUGGACGGAUGGACAUAGUCUUGCGUGGGAAGGUUUCAGGUGCCACGGAAACAGCCAGCUGACAUGUGCAAGCGAUAGCCUUUCACCUCGCAUUUUCCUAGAGUUGAGUGUGCGCUUUCAUGUCCCGCCAUGUACAUACCUGAGCUAUCUUGUCAAAGUUGUCACCAAAGUGCAUCUCCCCAUCGCCGUGUCCUUGGGCAUGACUUUCCCCAAAGGCUUGUUUUUCACUCACCUUUCCUGAAGAUGGCACUAGAGCAAGUGAAACAGAGCAUUCUAACUCGACAUUUUAGUUUUUAAAGUGAACGGAAGCUUUAAGUCAUAAUCUAGCCUUCUAAUGCCCGGCUGCUGUAUCGCUACCUUGGAAGUAGAUGUCUGACCUGCCAUUCUUAGUCCUAACCGCGCGGUACAGGUAAUUUCGAGUGUAAGUCCCCUCUCACGCCGCAUGAGAAAGCAAGACAUUUUAUAAAUGACGGCAGAGUCACUCUGUGAUAUUCCCUGAAAUGACACAUUUGAAAUCCAUUCAGUGCAGUAUAUUUUUCUAAGUUUUGGAAAGCGGGUUUUUUCUUUAAAAAAAAAAAAAAUAUGGACACAGUUCACUAAAUUCUUGAUUUAGUCAAAAUUCCUAGACAGAAAGAACCUAGACACAAAAAUAUUUUAAAGAUAUAAAUAUAUACUGUAUAUGUUAUGUAAUUUAUUUUAGGCUAUAAUACAUUUCCUAUUUUCGCAUUUUCAAUAAAAUGUCUCUAAUACAAUAUGGUGACUGCUUGUGUGCACCACAUACCUGCGGUUGAAACGUAUUGUAUCAAUGAGCAUUGUGUCUUGUUUGCAGCAGUUUUAUAGUGUGUCAUUUGUAUAUAAAUGUAAGGGUCAGUCAAUGACCAGAGAACUAUUUUUCAUUAUGAAUAACAGAGGUACGAGUGGGUCAGCUGAUGUAGACCAUAGUGGGAAGGGAAAGAGAUGCUAGAAGGACAAAAACGAAAAGUCAAGCCUUUGGCACUUACUCCUUUCAGUGCCGUGUAAUCAUACUGUUCCUCAUAGAAAAAAAGAAUGUAAGGGCUGGGAGUCAGCCCCGAACAUCACAGGGUUCGUUCGCACUUCUGGUCACCCAGUGACCUGGGGAACAAAACCCUCACGCGCUUCCUCUGAGCGGUUUCUCCCCCAUGUCUAUAUAUAUUUGAGUGCAAGAAAUUUAGACACAUACCUUUGGGGUGGUUUCUGGGGCAGAUCUGAGAAAAUGGGGGGGGGGGUCUAAUUGUAUCGGCUUUUUUAAAGUACAUGACUAGAAAAUUAAACAACAGUAUUUUUGAACAUGUGUGACUAGUAGUUCAUGCUUGUGGGGUGGGAGCUUAAAGAGUAUUGAAAAAGCAAAUUCUUCCCCUCAAAACCGGGGAAGACCAAAGAGGUUCUUUCAUUUAUGCGGCUAGGACGGGGCAUCGUGAUUCAUGGGCCAGGGUGUCUUGUCAGAGUUUUGGAAAACAUAGGAAGCAAGCCCAGGCCCAGACCACAACGACAGAGCUGUGACUGUGCCGACCCACGUGUGUGUCCCAAACCUUUCUCCUCGAGGCGCACACUCCCUGCUCAUGUUACAGUUCCUCCACCUGGGCCGUUUGAGUCGCUCGGCCUGACAAGUACACACCUUCACUUCCCAAGCAAAACCCAUUGCUGGCAGAUUCUUCUGCAUCUGUUCUAAGCAACACAGGUGGAAAGGAACCAGUCUCCUUCCCACUUUUCAGGGUAAGGGGGGUGGGGCGCCCCUUUGAAUGUGCCGCCCAAAGAAACGUUCCUCCAACACAGGUUUCUUUUUUCCUGCAAGUCACUCAGCUCACAGAAGUAUUAGGAGGGUGCCGUGAGAAUCUCAGGUCAAGGACCAAGAAAGGACCAGAUGUGACUUUCUCAGGAUGGACCAAUGCAUUGCACUAGAAUCUAAAACCACAAGGGCAUUAAGCUGCUUUUUUUUAGAUGCUGAGGAGUGAGUUUGGGCCACUCAGAAUGCUCUUUCCAUCCUGGGGGUCUUCUCCAGGCCAGGCCGGGCCAGGUCAGAGCACCUCAUCCUGUGGCCUCUAUGCUUUCUGAGCUCAUUCAGAAAUGGCGCUGCACCCAUGAGCCAGACCUCGGUCCUACUGGCAUCUGUGAGACACCAAGAUCUGAGCAGGAGGAAGCAGGCCGGGCUCGCUCCAGGAAAGUCGAUAGGGCAGGACCUGCAGGCCACUGGCUCAGGGCACGUCCAGAGGUUUACACAUGGGCUGGAAACCCUCACCUGUUGGGAUCCUUGCAUUUGUGCACCACGGCCAGGGGUUUAUGUCACAGUAUAAGAGCCAAGCGUGCCCCCUGACUGCUGCCUACAUGGGGCUGGUCUUGUGCCCAAGGUUGUCUUCUGUUCUGCACGUGUGUUUUCUCUUGCGUUGUGUCUUAGCACUAGCAGAUGGUUUGGCUCUGGAACUGCCAGGAUGGUGAUACUCAGAAACUUUUAGUGUUGGUUUAGGGUACAUUGAAUGGGGCCAAGUAACCUUCGUUACAGUAGUAAAAGCGCUUUGUUUUUCACUCCCCAAGUCCUCUCAGAAAAUAACCACAAGAGGUGCAGAGGGCGAGAGGCGCACGAUGAGGGCCCAGGGCCCCAUUGUGGUCUGGCUCCAUCCAGCUGGGCUGUUUCCAUAUCCCAGGCACUUCCCAAACCAGGAGCCAGCUCCAGAGUCCUUGCACAGGGUUUCCUGAUCUCUCUUGGGGUUGGGGAUAGUCACUGCAUUUCCCAAAUGUCAGAAAAGUUAUUCAAGAAGUGAAAAAGUUAUUCAAGAAGUGAAAAAGCUACCUCCCUCCUCCUAAUCCAUUCUCAUUUUGGGGAUUCUGGAAGGAAUGGGCAGGGGGAGAUGCAUGUAUUUUGUAUCUUGAGUUCCCAGAAACACAUCCAUUUAGACUUAGUAGUUCUCAGGAUUUUUUUUCUUUUUUCUUUUCUCCCACUUUUCUGAAGUGGGAGAUAGACUGAGAGAGUAUUCACAUUGUUGUAAUUAAAUGGCAUUACCUUGAGAAAUAUUUUCUUAUAUUUAAAAAUCUUUGUACUUGUGUAAAUCUCUCAGCAGACAGUGACCAGAACAGCAUGACUGGUGUGUACCAACCAGCCAGGGUUUCUGGCCUCUUACUUCAUUUUGGUUUUUUUGUUUUGUUUUUUGCUUCUUAGGGCUGCACCUGCAGCAUAUGGAGGCUCCCAGGCUAAGGGUCAAAUCGGAGCUGCAGCUGCCGGCCUACGUCACAGUCACAGCAACACAGGAUCUGAGCCACAUCUGCAACCUACACCACUGCCACAGCCACGCCGGAUCCUUGAACCCACUGAGCAAGGCCAGGGAUAGAACUGCAUCUUCGUGGAUACUUGUCGGGUUUGUAACCCACUAAGCCAAACGGGCACUCCUGGCCUCCUACUUUAAAGUGAGCUGACCGCCACACUCAGGGUGAGGUCAUCAUCAAUCAGAGCAACACACAGUGCAGGAAAGGGGCCUUUUAUGUUCUAAGUCCUGACCUUCUGCAACAACCAAGGCUUUACAGCUCUUGGAGAUCUGUAAGUGUUGAGACAUCUGGGUUGCACGUGCAUCCAGUUCCCCACAACUAGGCUCCAGCCCAUCUUCUGCAGAGAGCCACCCUCAGGCACAGCCCUCUCAAGGUGCUUUCAUAAACACUUGAACUGUAGAAAAGCAUGUUUCUGAGCUAGCUGUUUGGUAAACAUUCAAGAUGCUCCCCCGUGUGGUUAUUUUGAGUCUCUAUUUCUGUCCCUUGAAGCAGCAAAACAUCACCUGAUUCAUCAGCUGAUCUGACCACACAUAAAACAGGAUGUAGAGAAAACCUGAAGAAAAAUACAUGCAAAGGCCCUGUUGCCUGUCCUUUUAAAGGGUAAAGGUCUAAAAUUAACUAUCCAAAUAUUCACAAUGAGAGACAUGCAAUUGCAUAAUCAAAAUAACCCAAACCUCACUCCGAAAAGAAAAGGUGUAACAAACUUCAGAGUAAUUUGAUCUCCAAAGAGAAACUACUGAGGAGGAGCUGGUGAGAGCUUAAGACAUCACUUUCUCCUCCGGAGGGGAGCGUAGAGCUGUGAGCUGUUACACUCUCCACAAAGAGCACCAAAGAUGUGCUUCCACAGUCUCUCUCUUUUUAAUCAUCUUUGCCAAGUCCAGGUGGUUCCAAGAGUCAUUCUUUCUCUGCCUCAUUUGCAAUCAACCAGGGUCUGUGAAAGACUGUGCAAGACCCAUGCACGUUUAUAGAUGGCUGUCAGCUGCCCAGAGCUUCAGCUCAUGUUCUGUUCGGUGCCUCUUUAUCAGUGAGAUGUAACCUCAAGUGCACUUUAGUAACAAGACUUGGCAUUGGCUUCUACAAUCCGUAUAUAUCAACAGAAGCGCAUAAGAGCCAGGGGGCGUUUCUCUCCCCAGAAGCAUAUGUGGUGUCCUUUAGGGAAAGAAGGCGGGAGAUAGGGACAGACCAGUUGACAAUGCUUGAACCAUUCACUGUCUGGCUUCAUGGAAAUUCAGUGAUGUAGGGAGAUUGGUUGUUACUCUAAGAUUUACAGGCAGAUGUUCUCCAAUCAUGAACCGAGGACAAGGAAUGGUGCCUUGGGAGUGGGGUGUCUGGUUCCCUUAAGUGUGGGGCCGUGGACAGUGGGAGGGGGAGGGAGGACGACCCACAGUUUGGACGAACCAGAUAUUGAAGGCGAAAUCAAGCCGCCCUGGUCGAACAAAGGAAAUACAGGGUACAUAUCAAGACCAGCCACCUAGCACCUAAGGAUGUGGACCAGUCACGGAGAAGCAGGCCACGCCCCCAGGGAGCGCCACAUCCAAAAGGCAAAUACGCUGCUCCUGGGGGUUUGUUUAGUGAUGUAUUGAGAAGGAAAAUACCUAUAAAGCCAGAAUGACCAAGGAGCCAGUCUUAGAGCUUCAGGAAUCUUGACAAGUGCCACACACAGGACUCUGCCCAAUACCGACAAGGCUGUGCUCAAUCAUUUAAGGAAAUCUUCCACAUCACCCACACCUCUCCGGCCUCACGUUGGUCACCUGGACAAUUGCUAAGGCACCUUCCUGGUCCAAAAGUCUACGUAGGAUCGAGGAUUUUUUUUUUUUUUUUUGCCAUGCCCAUGGCAUGAGGAAGUUCCAGGGCCAGGGAUCGAAUGUGGCCACAGCAGUGACAAUGCUGAAUCCUUAACUGCUAGGCCACUAGGGAACUCCAAGAUCUAGGAUUUAGAACAUGAUAUGGGAUCCCACAAUGGAAAAAUAAAAUUACCUCAUUCUUGGUUUCAGGUCUGAACAUUAGCAGCAAUCCAGAUUUUUUUUUUUUUUAAUAAAAUUAAGUCUACUGGGAGUCAUUAUUCUCUGUGUGCUAUGGCUGUCAGCUUACAGGCGUUUCAGUUUCACACCAAAAUUGUGGGUUUAAUUUAACUGUUGAAACCAAUCACAUUAAAAUAUUUGUGCAGCCUUGAUUAAACUUGACUGCAGAGGUCAGUAUAAAAUAUACGUUGCAUUUAAACAAGUGCUGUGUACGUAAUUAAUAGGCAUAAGUUUUUGCAUUGUUAAAAGCAGUUAUAUAUGCUUUUCCUUCUUGGAUUUUUUUUUGGAGGGGAGGAAUUUGUGCCUGUCAUGUAUUGUCAAAUACUUUUUAUACUCUAAUUUUACUUUAAGUAAAACUUAAAUGGUUGACAUAUGAUUGAGAUUGCUUUUAGUUUCUUGUCUUCUUCUAACCACGCAUCUGUUUUCACAGACCCCAAGAUGUAGUCUCCUGAUUCUGACUACAAAUUCCCUUUUUUGUCUAAUGUACAUGAGAUAUUAAAAUUUCGCUCUUUGCUUUGGUAGCUGAAACCACUGGAAUAGUUCCCCAAACUCCCUGUCUUAUUUAAAUAUGACCUAUUUCUUCAAAUUUUAUUCUGUAUUAAAAUGAAUUUUUACUUCCCAUAACUAUAGUAAUAUUGAAAGUACUGCUCUGGGGCCCAGCUUCUCCCCACCCCUUCUAGAAUGGGGAUACCAGGCAGCCUGGCUUUAGGAAAGUGAGAGGAACAGAAUGUGAAAACCCCUCCUGCCCACAUCUAAGAGACACUUGCUUUUUAUCAGUCUUUAUGUGAAAAGCAAUUCUCUUCUUUAAGCCCUAAGGUCUUCAGAGAAUGAUGGUGCUCGUUUCUUUAACCUCCUGUGCGCUGCUAUAGAGAACAUGUCGUAUCACUGCCUGGAAUCAAAAGGGCGUGACGUUCUUGAUUGGCUCGAGAUGACAGUUUUCUGUACUGCUUUAUUGUUGCCUCUGGGCUCAGUCCCAGACUCGGAGCUGCCUCUCCUGGGUUUCAGCAGCCUGCCUCACCCCGCAACUGUGUUUCCCCACGCUAUUUAACUCCGCUCUCUGGAAAAUGACUCCAAGGCCCCAGGCCUGCUCCCACCUUAGCUGGGAAUCCAGUUCUACGUGCUCCUGGGUGACCUAAUCUGGGCCUGUGUUUCCAAUUCCAAAUAUACACUGGGGAUCCCCAGGCUGCUUUUCCAGCCCUGACUUGUUCCAGAGCUGCCGCCCAGUCACCAAUAUCUCCUCAGAAGGGGCUCCCAGAAGGGCCUUGGCCUUAAGCCCCUCGCCAAUGCACACUUCCUCUCCACCCCUCCCACAUUGUCUCCUGCCAAGAUGAAUCACAUUAGCACCCACCCAGAACCCCGCCUACACCACAUCCCACCUCCCCCUGUCAAGUCUCUAACCCUGUCCGUUCUCUCCCAGCAAUCUCUCACUUCUCCCCCUUCCUCUGCAUGUCCUCUCUGCAGCGUAGGUCACAGUUGAAGCUCUGAUCUGGCACUGCUGUGAGCUGUGGCAUAGGUCACAGAUGCAGCUCCCAUCUGGUAUUGCCAUGCCUGUGGUGUAGGCCAGCAGCUGCAGCUCUGAUUCCGCCUCUAGCCCAGGGACUUCCACGUGCUGCAGGUGUGGCCCUAAAAAGAAAAAAAAAAAAAAAUUAAUUAUAAAAAGAGUACUAAGACCUCUACCCUUGGCUCUCCUGCCUCGCUUCUUCCUCCUGCUCUUAACUCCUGAUGGAGCAGGGAAUGAUGAGCCAUCAGUGAUUAGCGAUUCUACGCCUGGUUCAGCUUAUGUUACAAAUGCAUGUGAGCUCCCACGUGGGGACGGGUGGAGAGGCAUGGGGGCGGGGCUGCCCCAGCUCUUCUCACAUCCCUGACUUUGUCACCGUGCUUGCCCAGAGCAGAUAUUCUUUGAUGAAUGAAGUCAUUCACACGUUCCUCCCCCAACAUACUCUGAACCUAGGGUCACUUGCACAACCGCCCUGUUUCCUGCAGCCUUAUCUCCAACCCCCCUCUUCUUGUCACUAAGGUCAAUGGCUCCAUGAACUAAUAAGGUAGAAGUUUGUGAGCCAGUUCUUGUCACUUGUCACCAAAAGGGCUUGACACGGAUGCCUGAAAGCCCACCCUGCGGGCCUUCUUUUGUGGAUGCUCCCAGUCCUACACCUCUCUGUGAAACACAGAUGGGAAAACCCAAAGUAUUCUCACAUACGACUUGUCUAGGUAGAAACUGUAACAGAUGGGCAAAGAGCAUGAACAAAUGGUUCCCAGAAAAUGACCCAUGAAUGGCUUCUACAGAAGAAAACAGGCUCAGCCUUGCUUGAGCAGAGGAACACAAAUUCAAAGACCAACUAUCAACUUAGCAAAGAUCGAAGUUUGACAUUGCUCAGCACUGGCAAGGACCUAAGGAAACUGGCAAUCCCGCUCUGCAGCAGAAAUGCCAACCAGUCGUACCUCUUCAGAGGACAAUUCAGGGAGAGGUUUCAAGCUCACACUCAACUAGGGAAAGAGGCUGGUCUCGUGAUCAAAGAACGUGAAGUAGCGAUGCCGGAAAGGAGUAGCACUGGCCUAUAAAUAUCUAGGGAAAACAUUCACCAUUAUGAGAAUCAAAAGCCAUUUAAAACUGGUCUUUGUCUCUUUCCACUUUUUUUUCCUUGCCAGGUUGAUUGAUCAGUUUAAAAUCAAAUUACCCCUCUUGUCCCCCAGGGGACAAGGAAGCAGCCCCGCAGCACCUGCUGGUGGGAACAAAAUUCCUGCAGCUUGUGAGGGUGCAGGGUCAUGGAGGGCGGAGCAGAAAACACCUCCCUCAGCCCUAGGGAGCCAAGGGGGACAGUUCACUCCAGGCUUUUCCACCCAAAAGCCAAAUCGGCUUUGCUUCUUGGGACUGUGCUGAGGACAGGAGUCAGGAAUGAACCCUCCAGACCCAGUAAGUCAGAAGGUCAUUACCAGGCCUCUCACGCAGAUCCCAGACAAGAGGUAGGAAUAGGAGGAGUGGGGAGGGGAGAGAAGUUUGAGAACUUGCAGGAAGAAUGCCCAGGUUUUGAGCAAGACAGAAAUGCUAAGUGGGAAGGUAGUGUGUAUAUCUGUAUUUACACACAUAAAUUCUCUUAUUUUAUACACACAUAACACCGCUGGUAUGUCCGUGGUCAUGUGAUGGUUAUAAUUCCGAAGGCCUUCCCUGGGAUCCACAAUCUGGAUCUAUUUUUCUCUACACGUCCUACUGUGGCGGGCAGCCCAUGGAGGAGAAAUGCCAGAAAUCCCACCCUCAGGAUUGAGCAGAGCACAAUUCAGACAAGAAGAGGGGGAAGGUGUAUCUCAAUCAGACAUUUUGCUUGUUAACCCAACGGAAUGGGGCAGUGAAGGAUGAAAUAGCUUGUUGUUGCUGUUUAGCGCAGGCUGUGGCUGCUCACACCAACCCCACACUGCUCUCUAGAUGCCCAGCCCCUGAGCGGUGGGUUCCUAGAAACCAAGCACCAUUUUGCAAAGACUCAGUUUUUAACUCAGGUGUCUGCAGGCUCAAACUUCAUCCUCUGAUGCCAUGAGGACCUCUGAAAGCCCACCAGUUCCCCUCCUCCAGGUAAUUAGCCUCGGUGGCAGUCAAGUCACAGCAGUGCAUGCAAGUUCUUGCUAUCCCACUUGUUUCCCUUGGUCUGGGUGGUGUCUGAACACCCACCAGUGUUGCACACAUCCAGGGCCUCCCCUCGGCGGACACACAGCAAGGCUGGGUCUGGACUGUGGCUGCGGCCUUGCUGGGCAGGCCUGGGGGAUCUUCCUGGAAGCCUCUGCUCAGGGCUUGCUCCUCCUUCACCCCCACUCCCACUGGAAACAGGCUGUGGGGGAAGUGAGGACUGACGCCGGGGAGCUGGGGUAACUGGCCCAAAAGGUGCUGAAUCCAGACCCAAGUCCAGAACUACACACCUGCUUUGCGGCGGGGGGCGGGGGGGGGGGCUUCCUAGGGGCUCGGCACUGUCAAAGGCUUCAGCAUCACAGGCCUGUCCUGGGUCUGGAGAGCUGAAGCCCUGAACCCAGAUCUCCCAAGUCCUCAAAGUCAGGCAUUCAACCAGAGCAACACAGGCAGGCUUCUGCGUUUUUAUUUUCUAAGUUUAUUUUUAGUUACUUAUUUUUACAGUCCUCAGCAGCCGAAUGUGCUACAGGGGAUCCCCAAGUUGGCUCUGCCUCUGACAGUGACGACGAAGACCCAACCGGUCCCGAGUGUGGGUGGGGGGCAAGGCCUGGAGCUGCCGGAGCCUUGGGGCCACCUUUGUUCGGAGCAGGUGAGGUUUUUGACAAAUGCUGACAUUUUACAGUGCAAACAGGACACUCUGCUUAGGGGCCAGGUUCACACCAAGUUGCCGGCUGCCCCCUCUUCACGGCCCGGCUGCCAGGGAAAGAAAACUGCCGCCAUGGGAGAAGGUGGGUCAUUAAUCCCCUCCAAAUUCACAACAGUCAGAAGCUGCUAAAAUGCAGGUAACAAUACCAAAACAGUUUCAUAAAGACAAUGGAAAUGAGAAGGGAGCUCAUUAAAUACAUUCAUUUUGGCUUUUUUUCCCAUUAUGGAAAUACUCAGAAGUAACCAACAUUACUGUAGAUUGCUCUGGCUCCUAUAAGGGGUACCAUAUUUUAGCACCAUUUAUGAGAGUAUACAUCAAGGCAUUUUUCCUUAUAUAAGAGGUCUUAAAAUUAAGUACAAAAAAUUGCUUUGAAGUUCAGAAUUAAGCCACCCCUGGUUACUGGGGAAACAGCUGCCAAGACCACGGUCAUUUCAAGCCCUGUAUCCUUUCCUGGGAUUAACCAUGUUUUGGUGAUUUCUAUCCCUGAUCCAUACCUACCAAGAAAUCAACAAGAAUGAAAUAAAACUCUAAUCAGUGUUCUCCCUAUUAAUGAGCCCUGGCUAUUAAUGAGCAUUCAAAAUAUUAAAAUACACAGGCGGUCAUAAGGCCUGGGAACAGAGUUGCUUUUUUUGUUUGUUUUGAUUUUCAGGGCCACACCUGCAGCAUAUGGAAGUUCCCAACCGAGGGGUAAAGUCGGAGAUGCAGCUGCCAGCCUACCCACAGCCAGAGCAACGCUGGAUCCUUAACCCGCUGAGUGAGGCCAGGGAUCGAAAGUGCAUCCACAUGGAUACCAGUCAGGUUUGUUACCGCUAAGCCACGAUGGGAGCUCCGAGAUACACUUAAUAAAUGGCUUGCUGAUAUGACAUUUCAAUACAAUUAACAGACUUAAUGACCACUCCAUAUAGUUUAAUUAUACCUUGUAUUAACCCAUUCUACCAUUCCCAGUAAUAAAUUUCGAUUUACCAUGAACACAAAUGCAAAGGGGCAGAUUACCUCCACCCUCCCAGAUGAGGCUGGGCCUCAUGUUGUGGGACCUCACACACAGGAAUUUUACAGUGUGCCUGCAGACUAGCAGGCAGGUGCACACGCGUGCGUGUACACGUACACACACACACACACACACACACACACACACACACACACACAGAGCUCUUCUGGUCAUGGCCAGCCGAACCUACCCUGCCCCUACUGCUACAGCUGCCAGGGUGGGGCAGCCAAACCAGCAUAGUUUUGUGCUUUUCGUGGCUCCACAUUAUUAACUGGAUCACACAAGCA